AUGGUGGUGGUGGUCCUGCUGGGGCUCGGCUGGCUGUGCACCCCCCUGGGAGCCCUAGUUCUGGAUUUCAACAACAUCAAGAGCUCUGCUGAUGCACAAGGGGCCCAGAAGGGUUCACAGUGCGUGUCUGACAAGGACUGCAGUAUUAGAAAAUUCUGCCUCAAAUCUCAGGAUGAGAAACCGUUCUGUGCCGCCUGUCGUGGACCAUGGAGGCGGUGCCAGCGUGCUGCCAUGUGCUGCCCCGGGACGCUCUGCGUGAAUGAUGUCUGCACUGCAGCGGAAGAGGCAGCCCUGGGACUGGAGAGGGCGAUGGAUGACCAAGACGAUGCAGACACACAAGCAACAACCGAGCACCCAAUCCAGGAAAACAGACCCAAGAGGAAGCCAAAUAUUAAAAAGUCACAAGGCAGUAAGGGACAAGAGGGAGAAAGCUGUCUCAGAACUUUCGACUGCGGGCCUGGACUUUGCUGUGCUCGUCAUUUUUGGACCAAAAUCUGUAAACCGGUGCUACUGGAGGGACAGGUCUGCUCUAGGAGGGGUCGCAAAGACCCUGCGCAGGCUCCGGAGAUCUUCCAGCGCUGUGACUGUGGGCCCGGGCUAGCGUGUCGCAGUCAGGCGGCUCGAAACCGGCAACACGCACGGUUGCGACUGUGCCAGAAAGUCUAA